AUGGGCAAAUUAUCUCUACUGAAAUCCUCAAUAUCCUCUUCAAGAAUCAUCUCAAAUCCUAACCACUCGUUGAUUCAAACGGAGACUUCGAGUUCCAGUCAUGGUCAUCCACCAACUGCCGCAUCCCUCUCACUUCUCCUCCAAUCUUACAUAAAUUCAGACACCCCUUGGCAUGGCCAAAAGAUUCAUACCAAUAUUAUCAAAACCGGGUACAUACCCAACACAAACAUAUCUAUAAAACUUCUGAUUCUCCAUUUGAAAUGUUCCUGUUUGCUAUAUGCACGCCAAGUGUUCGACGACUUGCGUCAACCAACUCUUACCGCUUAUAACUACAUGAUAGCGGGGUAUACAAAACAUGGUGAAGUGGUCGAGUCAUUAAAUUUAGUUAGAAGACUUGUUUCAUGUAACGAAAAGCCAGAUGGGUAUACAUUUUCAAUGAUCUUGAAGGCUUCCACCAGUGAUAGUAUACUCCCAUUUGGAUGUCGGAUUGGAAAGGAAGUCCAUGCCCAGAUUGUGAAAUCUUAUGUUGUAGUUGACGAUGUUCUUUCUACUGCUUUAGUGGAUUUGUAUGUGAAAAGCGGGAGAGUAGACUAUGCUAGAAGAGUGUUUGAUUUCAUGAACGAAAAGGACAUAGUUUGUUCUACAUCAAUGAUUUCUGGAUAUAUGAGACAAGGUUAUGUGGAAGAUGCUGAAGAAAUUUUCAAUAAAACAACUCACAAAGAUGUGGUAGUCUUUAAUGCAAUGAUUGAAGGUUAUAGCAAAUCAAUUGAAACUUCCAAGAAAGCCAUGAACAUAUACAUAAACAUGCAAAGAUUCGAUUUUAAACCUAACAUGUCUACAUUUGCAAGCAUUAUCGGAGCUUGUUCUUUAUUGUCAGCAAGUGAAGUUGGUCAACAAGUACAUGGUCAACUCAUGAAGACUGAAUUCUCAACCAAUAUCAAAAUGGGAAGUGCUCUAAUUGACAUGUACUCAAAAUGUGGAAAAAUCGAAGAUGCAAGAACAGUUUUUGAUGGGAUGAAUGUAAAAAACGUGUUUUCUUGGACUUCAAUGAUCGAUGGGUAUGGAAAAAACAGUGAUCCAAAUGAAGCACUUGAGCUUUUUGAUCGAAUGCAAAACGUGUAUCACAUUACACCAAAUCAUGUCACAUUCCUUAGUGCUAUUUCAGCUUGUGGGCAUGCUGGAUUGGUGUCUAAAGGCCAAGAAAUCUUUAAAAUCAUGGAGAAAGAUUACUUAUUGAAACCACACAUGGAGCAUUAUGCUUGUAUGGUUGAUUUAUUGGGGAGAGCAGGAAGGGUAAAUCAGGCAUUUCAGUUUGUAAUGGGAAUGCCCGAGAAGCCGAAUUCUGAUGUGUGGGCGGCAUUGCUUAGUUCUUGUAGACUACAUGGUGAUGUGGAGAUGGCAAGUAUUGCAGCCAAUGAGCUUUUUAAAUUAAGUAGUGAUAGUAGACCAGGAGCUUAUGUUGCAUUAUCGAAUACUCUAGCGGAUGUAGGGAGAUGGGAUAGUGUUAGUGAAAUUAGGGAAGUAAUGAAGAUGAGGAAUAUAAUCAAAGAUUCUGGUUCCAGUUGGAUUGGGACUGAGACUGAUGAUGGUUUAUGA